AUGCUGGCUUUAAUCCUCAUUGUCCUUGGCGUCGGCUCCGUCUAUGGGGCUGAGAGGAAUCCUAUGCGGGAUCCUGCGGUUAGUCGGGCAAUCUGGGCUAUUGACGAGAACUUUGCCCUGCUAGGCCUUGACAUAUUCCCUAGUCUCCUGGCUCCCAAGGCCAGCCGCGGACGGAAGCUUUUCUUUAACGCUAUGAGUAGGUAUUAUGCCGCGUGUGGGCAUACGACCGCCUCGGCACUUAUCCAAUCGCGUAUGCAGGUCAACCGCAAGUAUGGCGUCUCACAGGAGGAUAUUGCGCAUUUUGACCUGGCAGUUUGUAUCGCCCUGCUCGUUAAUACCGUCGCCGGUACGGCCUGGGUGCUCCUAUACGUCUACUCCGACGCCUCGCUCCUCGCAAGAGUGCGGAAGGAGAUCUACAAGUUCCUAGUAGUAGCGAGGAGAAAUGGAGUGCGCCGCGUCAAUAUUCGCAAAGUCGUCGACGAUGGCGCGUUCCUGACCUCGCUCGUCCGCGAGGUCCUCCGCGUGCAGAGCACAAACGCCUCCGGGCGCAUCGUCCUCGGGGACACACUGCUGGACAACGAGAUGCUGCUGAAGAAGAACGCGUUCCUGCUUAUCCCGUCGGCGGAGAUGCAUAGCAGCGAGUCGGCCUGGGGCCCAACUGCAUCGCAGUUCGAUCCGGAGCGCUUCAUCGAGAAGGAGGGCCAGUCAGCCCAUAGGGCACCAGCAGCUGCGCUUCAGACGUUUGGGAGCGGCGCGAGCGUGUGUCCCGGUCGCCACUUCGCGGAAAGCGAGAUCUUGGCUAUAUUGGUCAUCAUGGCGUUGAGGUACGAUCUCAGCCCGGUCGGCGGUGGCGAGUGGAGAAUGCCAAAGACGAGAAGCCAUAUUACUACAAGUACUCUAACGGCCUUGGACGAUGUUCGAGUUGAAUGGAGCGAGAGGAAGGAGGGGCGAGGACUUAAGUGGGAGUUGUAUGGAAGUCGGAGAGGGCCGUAUAACUUUCGCCUUUGGAGCUAA